AUGGAGGGCCAGUGGCGGUCGGAGAUCCCCGAGGACAUGCGCAAAAAGAUGAUCACUGAAAUGUAUCACGAACUCGCGCGCAUCUCGGGCGAAGUGGACAAGCAGAAAGUAUGGGGAUCAGCAGCUAAGUUCGAGUUGAUGCUGUGGUCCAGCAGCCCCGACCGGAACUCGUACUUGAUGAAGAUGCAGAGGAAGAUCAUGAGUCUCAAGAAGAAGCAAGGAGCUGGUGAGAUUCAGCAGGCCAACAUGAUGCCCAAUGCCACCAACGCAGUGACGUCUAAUGCUGUGAACGCUACAGCAAGCGGCAUGGCGGGCGGGCUCAACGUGAACUUGAACCCGGCCAUGAACGCACAGCAGUUUCAGAAAAGUCAUGCGGCAGCUAGCCAGGCAAUGAGCAAUUUUCAGCAGGCACAGGCACAGGCACAGGCACAGGCCCAAGCCCAAGCCCAAGCCCAAGCUCAAGCUCAAGCUCAAGCUCAAGCACAGGCUCAAGCUCAGGCCCAAGCCCAAGCUCAAGCUCAAGCCCAAGCUCAAGCCCAAGCUCAAGCCCAAGCUCAGGCGCAAAUUCAGCAACAAAACGCCGCUGCACUAGCUGCGACUGCAAACGUCGAUGUCUCGGCUGUUUUCAACUCGGGAGUCACCACUGGGCUGAAUGCACUUAGCGCUGCUCCAACGACGAAUACGACGCCCGCGGGAAACAUGGCUACGCCACCCCAGCAACAGGCGCAGCAGUGGCUACAACGCAUCCAAGUACAAUUUCAAGCCCAGCAGCGGCAGCUGUUGCACACUCAGAACCAGGAGACGCAGCAGCUCCGCCAGCAGCAUAUGAACCAGCAACAGCAGCUAUCUCAGCAGCAGCAACAACAAGGUGUCGCCCCUGACCUGCGUCGUCAGCAACUACAAACGUUGCAGCAACAGCAUCAACUUGCACGCACUCGACUUCAGCAUUUGCACAAGAGCAAGCAACAGCAAUUGCAGCGUAAGCAACAGCAGUACCUGAUGCAGAAGCAGCAUCAGCUUCAGCAGCAAGGCUCGAUCGCAGCUACCACAGCUGCUGUCGCCACGAGUGGUGCUUCUCCAGCAGCUAUGAUAGCUGCUACGCAAGAUGGUGUUUCACCAGCUUCGGUGUCUCUUUCUAACGCGACAAUGGCGCAGACAACUCCUGCAACGGUCCCAGCCACUCAAACGCCACCAACACUUUCCGCUGCUCAGCGAGGAGUGAAGACAGAGCGGCUUGUGGCUGCACACUCCCAACAAGCAGCGAUGCGCGAGAUGCAGCGUGCCCGAAACACGACUCAGAUGCACGCGGAUAACGCACUGAAGCACCAGCUACCCAGUAGCAGUACGGCGGCAGCAGCAUCGUCAACACCCGAUACGACAGCCAAUGCAUCGACCACACCAGCGAUGUCUAGCAACACGACCCAGACAUACGUGGAGAGACUAAAAGAGAUGAAACAGAAGUACUGGGACGAUCUGGUGAUCGUGUAUCGCGAGUUCGAGCGCAUGGUGAAGCAAAAACCUGCGAACCAGCAGCAAGAGCGCAUUCACACCUUCUUGGUAAACUUGAAGCGCAUUAUAGCACUUUUACAGCAGGAUCCAGCAAAGGUCACAAGCAACAACAAGAACGACUUGGAUCGUGUUGAGGCACACAUUCAUAAGCAAGUGCUUCCUAUUUUGGAACGUUUGAAGACGAAAACCCACGCUGCUGCGGCAGCGACCAGCACCAGUGGUGCGAUGGCAGCUCACCAAGAGCAGUUGAAGAAUAACCAGGAAGCCCAGCGGCUCGCGCAGCUCCAUGAGCAGCAAAAGAGGAUGCAAGAACAACAAAAGGCCGAGGCGGAGCACAAGCUUCUGGAGGAGCAGAAGAAGAAGUUGCAGCUUGAGACUGCAGCAGCCGCUGCUGCCGCGAAGAAACAAGAAGUGCUGGAAGAACAGCGCAAACAAAAGCAGAAGCAGCUUCAGGCUCAACACGCUCAACAACAAGCUCUUCUACAGCAACAGCAACAGCAGCGGCAACAGUUAUUGGCUCAACAGCAGGCGCACUUGAAGGCUCAGAAUCAAGCGCGUCUGAACGCGCAGCAACAUGCUACAGCAGCGCCUGGAGCAACGGGGGUGACAUCUGCUACUGCAGCAACAGCAGGUAAUGACCACGCCGCCACAAGCACGCAUAACGAGAGUGGUGGUCCCCCUACGACUUCAGAGGCUACUCACAAGACUCCGGUCGAGGCAUCGGUCCGCUUGUCUUCUGCAGGAACGAAUGCUUCGACCAGUGUAGCGUCAUUGACGCCCGCGCAGUACCAGACAUUCAAGCUCCCAGAAGCACGCAAGCACCAGCUGACAGCACAGCACGCCAAGCUGCGUGAGCAGCAGCAGGAGCUGAUCAUGCAGCAGAGCGAAGCCAAGAUACCGUCGCACCAGGCGAAACUUGCACAUCAGGCCCAGCGCCUAGCGCAAAUGAUCAACAAAAUUUCUCAGCAACUAGUGCAGUGCAAGUUGGCUGAGGAAUACGAGCAGUCUAAGAACAUGAGUAUGGCUACAACAAUAUCGCAACCAUCGCCAUCGGUGGUUUCUGCGGCUACGCCUGCUGCGCUCGACAAAAGCGCGACGAUGAAGACCGAGACACCCACUUCAACUGCUGCUUCACCAGCUGCAAACGUCAUUGCCGCAUCAGCCGGUGGUGUGGUGGCACCAGCUACCGCGACUGGUGCCGUGAAGGACGAGCCCUCCGCUGCAACUGUCGUUGUCACUCCGCACGAGACGCCCACAAAGGCAAACGACAAUUUCAAAUCAGUGCUACCCGACAUGACAGGACUGGGUGCUUCCGAAAAGCUUUUGACUGCCGUAGCUGCCUACGAGAAGCACAAACCCGAUGUUUUGAAGCGCGGCGCGUUGCGAUUCUCACGCAUUGCCGUAGCAAUUGGUGCCAAGCUCAACACGUCCUACGUGACAUAA